GUCUUAUCCGUAUAAACCGCAAAAUUCUCAUGUAAAUAAAGGUUGCUUCACCAAAAAGCGAGGUGCCCGGUAAAAGCCUACACUAACAUGGCGUCGACACGUCUGCAGCAAUGCCAAGGUGCAGUCCUACUUCUCGGCGGCACGGGCAAAGUCGCAAGCCGCAUUGCACCGAAGUUGAAAGCGGCCAAUAUACCGCUCCUAAUCGCGUCCCGCUCCGGCCGGGCUCCAGAAGGCUAUCAAGCUGUCAAGUUCGAGUGGCUGGAUAGAAUGACAUGGGAGACAUCUUUGUCCGCGGCGCCGGCGGUGCGGGCCGUUUUCAUCGUCUUCCAGGGCUUCGUUGACCCUAGCGCCAUGGCCAAGGACUUCGUCGACUAUGCGCGGGGACUUGGAGUCGACCGCUUCGUAUUACUUAGCCAGAGUCCAGUGGACGAAAACGGGCCCGCUUUUGGCCAGAUCCAUCGGUAUUUGCGCGAGUUGGGCGAUCGAGGCAAAAUUGGGUGGGCCGUAUUGAGACCUACUUGGUUCCAGCAGAACUUUUCCGAGCUAGGUUAUCACAUCCAGUCCAUCAAGAAGGAGAACAAGAUCUACUCGGCAUCGGGUCGGGGCAAGAUCCCUUGGAUAUCCUGCGAUGACAUCGCAGCUGUGGGGUAUCAUUGCCUGACUACUUCCGAGCCGCCCAACACGGAUUUCCUCAUCCUAGGACCGGAGCUUCUGGGAUACGAUGAGCUUGCAGAUAUUUUUACUCAGGUAUUGGGCCGGAAGAUAGUGCAUCACAAUUUGACGCCAGAGGGACUAGAGCAGCAAUAUCAGAAGAACGGCGUGUCGCCAGAGUUCGCCAACUUCUUGGCCGAGCUGGACAAAGGCAUCGAAAUCGGGGCAGAGAACCGCAAGAAUGAUGUCUUCUUUGCUACGAUGGGAUAUGAGCCGCGAAAGUUUAGGGACUUUGUAAAAGCCAACCAGGCGGUAUGGCAGUAGCUCACCAGGUACUUCACCAAGACACCAACUAGUGUUAUUGACGCUAAACA